UUGCCAGGAAGCGGGGUAAGGCGACUUCCGCUUCCGCCUCUCCGGGCACGAGGAUCCUGGGAGCCAAGCUAGCGGGAAAAAUGCGGCCCUUGACCGAAGACGAGACCCGAGUAAUGUUCGAGAAGAUUGCGAAAUACAUCGGGGAGAAUCUACAGCUCCUGGUGGACAGGCCCGACGGCACCUACUGUUUCCGGCUGCACAACGACCGGGUGUACUAUGUGAGUGAGAUGAUCCUGAAGCUGGCAGCCAACAUCUCCGGGGAUAAGCUAGUGUCACUGGGGACGUGUUUUGGAAAGUUUACCAAGACCCACAAGUUCCGGUUGCACGUUACAGCCCUCGAUUACCUUGCACCUUAUGCCAAGUAUAAAGUGUGGAUAAAGCCCGGAGCAGAGCAGUCCUUCUUAUAUGGAAACCAUGUGUUGAAAUCCGGUCUGGGUCGAAUCACUGAAAACACUUCUCAGUACCAGGGAGUAGUGGUUUACUCCAUGGCAGACAUUCCUUUGGGUUUUGGGGUAGCAGCAAAGUCUACUCAAGACUGCAGAAAAGUGGACCCCAUGGCAAUUGUGGUGUUUCAUCAAGCAGACAUUGGAGAAUACGUACGCCACGAAGAGACAUUGACUUAGGAUGGUCUUCCCGAGACCUUUUUGCUGUGUGAGAGGACUUAGCUGUUUCCUGUGUGUGCAAACAUCAUGUUGAAUUUGGAGAACACUGAUACAUGCACCUUGGAUUCUUACUCAACAGAAAUGGCUUAAAAAUAGGGUUUCAGGCCCUCUAGAGGCAAAAGCAGGUGAAUCACAAGUAUAAGACCCGCUUGGGCUACUUGGCAAGUUCAAGGCUAGCCUGGGCUACCUAGUGAGACCCUGUCUCAAAAA